UUGAGAUUCUAAAUUCGCUAUCCCCUCUGUCGUUUUGCCCAAACGACGCCGCACCACCGAACAUGACCUCACCGACGAAACCAAAUGCCCCUCUCACGCCCACGCAUGCUCCCAUCUCACCGGCGACGAUUCCCGGCGACGUCGCACCGCCACACAAUAGGUAACUCCAUCUCCUCCAUGUUGUCGGAAUCCACCUCCCUCCUUCUCCGUCGGACCAUCGCCGCCGCGCUCAUCUUCGCCGCCGUUUAUCUCACCUGCUUACUCCUCUUCAGAGACGCCGAUUACUCUUUCUUCCCUUCCUCUCUUCCCUUGUCUCGUUUUCCGACCGUUUUCCCGUCGGCGUCCAACGAUUCCUCGGAGGUGAGUUCCGCUAGCAAUGAAUAUCCACUUGAAAAAAUUCUGAAUGAGGCUGCCAUGGAAGGCAGAACUGUUAUCUUGACCACAUUAAAUGAAGCAUGGGCAGCACCAAAUUCAGUCAUUGAUCUUUUCCUUGAGAGCUUUAGAAUUGGAGAUCAUACUCGUAGGCUUUUGAAUCAUUUAGUAAUUAUUGCAUUGGACCAGAAGGCAUUUAUACGCUGUCAGGCUAUACAUUCCUAUUGCUUUUUGCUUGUUGGUGAAGGCACUGAUUUUCAUGAGGAGGCAUACUUUAUGACUCCUCGCUACUUGAAGAUGAUGUGGAGAAGAAUUGAUUUCCUUCGUUCUGUUCUAGAGAUGGGGUACAAUUUUGUGUUUACUGAUGCUGAUAUCAUGUGGUUUAGGAACCCAUUUCCCCGGUUUCACCAUGAUGCAGAUUUCCAGAUAGCAUGUGAUCAUUUCACAGGUAGCUUUGAUGAUGUACAGAACAGACCCAAUGGAGGGUUCAACUUUGUAAAGUCUAAUAAUAGGUCAAUAGAGUUUUAUAAAUUCUGGUACUCUUCAAAAGAAACCUAUCCUGGAUACCACGAUCAGGAUGUCCUCAAUAUCAUCAAGUUUGACCCUUACGUCACUGAUAUGGGACUGAAGAUGAGAUUCUUGGAUACGGCUAAUUUUGGUGGGCUUUGUGAACCGAGUAGAGAUUUAAAUCAAGUUUGUACGAUGCAUGCAAAUUGUUGCUAUGGUAUGGAUAGUAAGCUUCACGAUCUUAGAAUUAUGCUUCAGGAUUGGAAACAUUAUUUGACCUUACCUCCAAGUUUGAAGAGAUUGUCGAUUAUUUCCUGGAGGGUUCCUCAGAAAUGCAGCCUUGAUUCUCUCAGGCACCAUGGUUCACCAGAGAAGAGUGUUCAAGAAGAUUAAGGUUCUAAUUGCAUGUGUUAAUUUCUCAUACAAUGAUGUGGAAGUUCAGCUGAAAUGCUGCUGGAUGUAUCUAUUGAAGGAAGUAUCUAUUUUGUCCUUAUUAAGUCCUUUAGCAUAUCCUGCGUAAGAAUAAU